GUCUGUGCCUGUGUGUGUGUGUGUGUGUGUGUGUGUAUGUGGUACGUUCACGCUGGCAGCAGGCGCAGUGAUCACCGAGGAGGAAAAACGCUUUCUACGGGACAAAAUCACUGACGCAAACCUGACGCCCGCGGUACCACUGAAGCCGCCAUCGUCAUCAGCGUGAACUAUAACGUCAAGGAAGACGAAGACGACCACGACGACGGCGACGACGACGACGAAGAAGAGGACGUCCACCACUAGCCCAGGUCAUGGCUGCAGUUAACUCGGUACAGAACAGCAUCCGGUUGCCGCUGGCCGGGCUGGCACCGCCCCGCGUCCUCAUGUGUAGCGCCUCGAUGGGUGCGGAAGGAUCGGUCACGUUGCAGCUCCGCGAAGCAGUCCCGGCACCGGAUGCGACCGGUGGCACCAGUUCGCUCGAUGGUGCGCUCACGAUCGGUUACCCGGAUCCGGACAUGCUGGCCGAUAUGCUGGGCACGUUCCAGAGCGCCUCGACCGGAACCGGUGGUACGAUCACGGAUAGCGACGGAACGGGUACGGCGUUCGAUCUGCUGCAGGACAUUACCAGCGCUACCACCACGAACCAUCACAAUCAUCACCAUCAUCAUCACCCCCAUCGAGGUGCAACGACGUCCGAUCAGCAGCAUGGACUCAGUAGUGGUGGUGGUGGUGGCGGUUCCACGGUUACGAUUAAAUCCGAACCAGGCACGAAAGCGACGCUGAUCGAGGCAAAGACGAGGGACGCCAUCACGAACCUGCUCAACGGCUCGCAGUCCAUCAGCAACAGCAGCAGCAGCAGUAGUAGUAGUAGCAACAGUAGCAGCAACAGCAGCAGCAGCACCACAACCUCCAUCAACAUCGCCUCAACCUCACCGGGGAUCGUACAUCAUGGUACGACGAUGGUGACCGUCAAGAGUACUUCGGUUGGCGGAGGAGGUGCGGCGGCACCCAGCCCCGGCUCAUCGGCCGGUCUCAUCCUGACGACGGUCGGACGCACCGAAACCGUCUCACCAUCGAUGGCAUCCGGAAGUCCCAGCUCGGCCUCAUCCUCACCACCGUCCGCUUCCUCGUCGCCACUGUCCGUCGGGUUGCCCUCGCUGGUGAAGAAACCGCGCCCCAAGACCGUCUCGCCGACGCGCCACGGACCCCAGCAGUGUCAGGUUUGCAGCAAGGUGUUUGGGAAUGCGUCCGCCCUGGCCAAGCACAAGCUGACGCACAGUGACGAACGGAAGUACGUGUGCGGGAUGUGCUCGAAAGCGUUCAAGCGGCAGGAUCACCUCAAUGGCCACAUGCUGACACACCGGAACAAAAAACCGUACGAGUGUAAGGCGGACGGGUGCGGCAAGUCGUACUGUGACGCACGGUCGUUGCGCCGCCACACCGAGAACCAUCACAGCACCCUCGGUCUAUCGUCCCCGUCCGGGACGGCCAGUCCCGGACCACCGGGAUUGACCACCGGUAGCAACGCGGGACCACCCGGUGGGCUCAGCAUGUCACCGGCGACGGCCAGCGGUGAUGCGAGCUCUCCGCACGGUGCCACGAUCGUACAGUUCAGUGCCAACGGUAAUACCGGUACCAACCACUCCGGUAGCUCCAGCAGCAGUAGCAGCAGCAGCAGCAGCAGUAGCUGCGGUUCGAGCAGCAAUUCCAGCCUUUCGAGCAACAGUUCAAGCAGUAGCUCGAGCAGCUCGAGUUCGAGUUCGAGUAGCAGCAGCAGCAGCAGCGGAAAUGUGAGCGAUUCCAGCUCGAGCUGCAAAUCGCCUUCACCGAGCUCACCGGCACCGGGUACCGGCAACGAGGGUCUCACGCGCCAACAACUCGAUCUCAUCUCGCAGAUCAUGCAGCAGACAAAGCAGGCGAAUGCUGCGGCCGCUGCUGCCGCAGCUGCAGCAGCAGCAGCAUCCGCUACCUCCUCUACCGCCACCAACAGCAACACUACCAGCACCUCGUCCACCUCCAACAGCAGCAGCAGCAGCAGCGGCAACAGCAAUAAUGCGAGCGGCAUCGUCAGCAACCAGAAAGUUGCGCCACGUCCCCGGACCUGGAAUAUGCAGUUGCAGCUGAGCCAGAACAAGCUGUCGGCAACCGCAACGGCGUCGUCGACGACAACGACAACGACGACGCCGACCCCCGCGGUUAGUGCAGCGACAGCCGUUGCAGCAGCAGCAGCAGCAUCGACAGCGGCCGCCUCCACGGCAUCGCACUCAACUACCAUCCCCGGACUGGUGAGCAGCAGCAGCGGCAGCACUAAAGCCAGCACGAGCCACAAUAGCAGCAGCAACAGCAGCAGUAAUGGCGGAAGUGGCGAUUCUAAUGGAUCCUCCUCCGUCACCGCCACACCAUCCGCGUCAUCCGCAACACCAACAACAGCGUCAGCGACGGCUGUUAGUGCGGUUUCGGCGAGCGCUGCGACGACACCGGCCACCGGUGCCACGGCACCGACUGUCGUGCCCACCAAGCUCGAACAGAAACCGGUCGAGUGCAAUCUGUGCCACCGGAAGUUCAAAAAUAUUCCCGCCCUCAACGGGCACAUGCGGCUGCACGGUGGCUACUUCAAGAAGGACUCGGAAACGAAGAAAUGUGAUAAGAAGGAGCACACGGGACCUCCGCUGCAGACGGCCAGCGUCGGGGUGCGGGCCCUGAUCGAGGAGAAGAUCAUUAACAAGCGCAGCAAGGAUUUGAAGAAUCUAUUAUUGAAGGGUUCGUUCGUCGUACCGGCACCACCGCUGACCGCACGCCGGCUGAUCGAGGCCAGCGAAGCAUUCCUCUCACCCAACAAACCGGGCACGGUCGCCAUCGUCUCGACGCAGAACGGUACCACGCAGAUCAUCAACACCGGGACGCUCCACUCGAAGACCACCACCCUGCUGGCCACUUCCACUGGCACACCGGCAACCGUACCCUCCUCGCUGACGAUCAACGGUGUAACGACGGCCACCACGACGGCCGGUACGAUCAUGACGCCCGGUGCCAACAGUACGACCGAACUGAAAGACGCCACCUUGAUCGCGCUGCUCAAACGUGGCACCAAAGUGGCCGUCAAACGUGCCAUCACUUCGGGGGAGGCCGCACCACCACUAACGACUGUUCAGCAGCAGCAACAGCAGCAGCAUUCGCUGACACCAACGCUCAUCACGACUACAUCGGCCUCCAGCGUUAAUACGACGCAACUCAUCAGCACCCUUGUCUCUCCAUCCACCGGACAGUCAUCGACAACAGCAGCAACAGCAAUAGCAGCACCAUCGAGCGCUAAGGUGACCACCACCAAUACUGCAACCCUAUCUGGGAGCACGGCCGAGAGCAAUCCCCUUUCGCUGACCAUCUCGCAAACUCCGAACGCAUCCGGUGACGUAUUUACGCUCGCUUACUCCACCGAUUCCGGCGGAGCGACUACCUUCUUCAGCGAUAACGACGUGUACAGUGUCAGUGAUACGGCCAUGUUGCUACAGGCCGUCGAUUCGAUCCAGCUACUACAGGACUCCUCAUCAACCGAACCGCUCGAUGAGAUCGCACUGUCCGACUACGGUUCCAUCAGUGAUCAUCAGUUCACGCCAUCACGCCAGAUCCAAGCCGUACUGGACUCACCGUUGCCCGAGAGUCUGGCCGAAUUCGGUGCCCUCAAUUCGAAGGAUUUCGUCCUUUACGGCGGCGCAUCAACGGCCAGUGCCACCGGUACGGUUAGCUCGUCGGCGUCAGGGUCUACCGGUGUGACUAGCGUGGUGACGAGCUUGCUCGAAUCCCCGGCCUCCGGUUCGCACAUUUCUCCCCUGCCCUCACCACUCGCCUAUCCAACGCCUCCGGCAUCGCACGAGGCCGUUGCGCAGGCAUCGCCUUUCCUGGACGAUUCGCGCCACUUCACCGAUGCCGGUUCGUUCUUCGACGACAAACGCAACCAGAACUUCCUGGACGAUGGGUUCUUCAAGACCGAACCGAAGGAUGCCGACAUUAAGCUGUCGGACAGUGAGAAAAUACUGGCCCUGAAGAACGAACUGCUGGACGAAAACCAUGAUCUGUUCCGGACGAACAAAAACAUUCUGGAUGAUCACUGCGAGCUGUUCAAGUCGGAGGAUAGUUUCUUCAGUGAAACGAAACCUUCCUCGGUCGAUGGAACGUCGAAGAUGAAUCUUGACUUUCUCGACGAUGCGCAGGUGUUUAUCGAGGAGACACGGAACGCAUCGUCACCGCUGUCGAAUGCCUUCUUCUCUGCCACCAUGUCCUCGGCGGAGGAGGUAAAGGAAGCGCUCGAGGAGGUACUACCGAACGACGAUGACAUCGGAGUGUCGGAAAGUGACAUCGAUCUGUACUACCUGAACGGGCUCAGUUCCCUGCAGUCCCAGAUGAUGCCCAAUUCCGAUGAUCCGCUGCUGUCUUCAUCACCCAAAGACUUUGCCCACCGGCAGCAUCAGAAGUUCCUGUUCGAGCAAAGUCAAGCCGCUCAGCAGCAGCAGCAGCAGCAGCAGCAACUGCAGCAGCAACAACAACAACAGCAAUCUGCAGUUCGUCAACAGCUAAGCGCUUCGCAAACGAACCUUCAGCUUCUUCAACAACAACAGCAGCAGCAGCAACAGUCACUGCACAGUCACUGCUUGCCUCCUAGUGCCAAGCGAUCCAAACCAUCGUCGGACGAAACGGGCCCACUGACGGUACAAACGGAGUCAAUGCACAAAACCGACACGGACAGUGUGUUCCUGAGUCCGAGCAGUCUCUCCUCGCACUCGAGUUCGUCUUCUUCCUCCUCCUCCUCCUCUUCGAUCACACUGCCAUCAUCAGCUUCACCCCGGCUACAGCACGCACUGCUGGCCAGUGGCAGUGGCAUCGUUUGGCCCCGGAAACGCUCCCAGACGACCUCAAGCGUAGUUUCCGGCAGUAGUUUGACGGGUUCUGGGGCGCAGCGUAAACCGGCGAUCUUCCUUUCGAAGUUGCGCCGCUCGACCACCUCAUUACCGGCUGUCCACUACACACCAUCGCCGAUGUUGAACCCGGAGCGCACCGGAACGACGGGUCUGUACGCGACCAUGCCAACAACGGCCAGCCGGGGAUCGACCGGUGGCAGCCGAUCCGAUGCCGACCUGGACUCAACGAUGGACAGUACGAACGAUAUCUUCUCGGAGCCACCGUUACCGAUAAGGCCGCGCAUCAAUCUCGGUCCCGACUAUCAGGCCACCUUACCCGACUGUGUCCAGCUGCGUUCGGCUUCGGGCUAUCCGGGUCUGCACCACCAUCACCAUUCGUACCACUCGGCAUCGCCGUACGUGAAUCAACCGCAGCUGGCAUCGGUGCAGCUAUGGGAUCCUGCGGUCGCACUGAACGAACGUCAGAUACAGCGCUUCAUCGAGCUGGCCCGCUCCUCGGCGGCCCCACUCGGUUGUCAUACGGAGGAGCACGCACUCAAGGCACUGCUCGAUGCCCAGGGUGAGGUACAUCUGGCGAUACUGGCCCUGCUACAGGCGACACCGGCCAGUGUGCAUCGCCGGUGGACGGCCACCGAGAUCGAACAGUUCAUACAUGGGCUCGAAAGCUACGGGAAAGACUUCCAUCGGAUUGCGAGUGAGCUGUUGCCCGACAAAGCAACGGCCGACUGUGUCCAGCUGUACUACUUCUGGAAGAAGCUCUGCAUCGACUACAAACAUGCGCCCCUCUGCGCGACGACGAACCCGGUGACGACCACGACGUCCAAGUACUCCCCUGCCUUGACACAAACGUUACCAGCAUCAUCUUCGAUCUCGCUGGGUAUGGGUUCGGACGAUCUGCUGCUCGAUACACUGGAACUAACGCACGGUGGUCGCACGGUCUCCUCGGCGAACUGUCAGCCAUCCACUGGCAAGGUGCACCAUUCGAGUCAAACCAUGGCAACGAGUGGUAACCAUGGUAACGCUGGUAGUGCCACGCCAACUACUAGCUCCAGCAGCGCCACCAACAGUGACGUUCGUCCGCAUGUCUGCGAGGUUCCCGAUUGUUCUGCGAGCUUCUCGUCGAAGGCGGCCCUUCACGGUCACAUCCGUAUACACUGUAUCGGGCGCAGCCACAGCGCUAUUCAAAAUGGGUAUUCAAUAAGGUAAAAAGCCGAAGCGCCCACAUGAAAUCACACCGGCCGCAGGAUGCCAGCGAUCAGCUUCAGCAGCAAUUGCAGCUUCACCAACAGCAACAGCAGCAGCAACAGCAGCAGCAGCAGCAACAAGAUCGCGA